AAGCGAUAAUCAAAGAUGUCUGCGCCCUGUGAUAUUUCGUGCUUGUGACAUGAAUUUAAUCUCUUUCAAUGCGGAGUAGGUCCUUCAUGCUUACCUACCCCCUAAUUUUAACAGCAUAUAACAGCCGAAAUAAUCAUGGUUUUAAUUGGACGCACUUUGACUGCGGCGAGUAAGACUGGUUCCCAUGUUGGUGGAGGAAAGUUUGCAAAAAUUAGAUCGAAAUUUGUUGAUACACUGAGGAUCUAUGUUCGUGGUGGACCUGGAGGCAUGGGCUUACCUCGACAAAGUGGAGUUGGUGGCAAAGGAGGUGCCGUGUAUGUUCAAGCUACACAUCAGAUAACGUCAUUGAAGGCAGUGAAAGAUGCAUUUCCUGAAAAGCGCUUCGUAGGUGGAGCUGGUGGCAACAGCAAAUCCAGAAAAAUAUUAGGGGAGAGAGGAAAGGAUGUGCUGAUCCCUGUUCCAUUGGGAGUGACUGUUAUGACAGAUAAUUGUCUAAUGAUUGGUGAGGUCCUAGAGGAUAAAGAUAAACUUCUAGUGGUUCCAGGAGGAGAAGGCGGUGCUCCUCAAAAUGGUUGGAAUGGCUUGAAGGGAAAGGCUAUAAAUCUGACACUAGAUUUAAAAGUCAUUGCUGAUAUUGGACUAGUUGGGUUUCCUAAUGCCGGUAAAUCGACCUUGCUGAAGGCCAUCUCUGGAGCAAAACCCAAAAUUGCUAAUUAUCCAUUUACAACGAUGAGACCAGAAAUUGGUACAAUAAAAUACGAGGAUUUUCGACAGAUAACCGUGGCUGACCUGCCAGGUCUGAUAGAGGGUGCUCACAUCAAUAUUGGGCUUGGCUACAAGUUCCUGAAGCAUGUGGAGCGCACCAAGCUGCUGCUUCUAGUGGUUGACAUCAAUGGCUUUCAGCUCAGCCAGAAGAACUACCAUCGGAGUGCUAUUGAGACAGUCCUCUUGCUGAAUAAGGAAAUGGAACUAUACAAGGAAGACCUCCUCUACAAACCAGUAGUGGUGGCUAUAAAUAAAAUGGACACACCCGGUGCCAAGGAUAAAGUGUCAGAAUUAACGGAGCAGCUUCACACGUUGGAUGAAGUUGUGAAACAAUUACCAGAGGAUAUCCGCCCGAAGAGACUGCUCCGAUUUGACCAUGUUGUGCCCAUCUCAGCAGACAAGGCACACGGAGUGGAAAAAUUAAAGCAAGUUUUGCGCAGUGUGAUGGACUUGUAUGAUGACGAAUUUAUACAAGAGGUGAAUCAGGAAAACAGAAUCGGACUGAAGUCUCGGAAAGAGAAAGGCAUACAGCUCGUAUAAGUCUGCAAGUGAGUUUCUCAUUGUUUAUUGAAAGUGAAACGAGUGAUGUGGCCGAAAACAAAAUACGUGUUUCGACCUGAAGCUGUCGUGUUUCUUCAAGUACUUUAAAUGUGAUCUCUGUGGCAGUUGCUAUACUGCUCAGUGGAAAGAUGCAAACUAAAUAUCAUUACAGCAUCAACUACUAAGUGGUUCAAUUUAACUGAUUGGUGGAAUAGUUGCAAUGCUGAAAUUGUUAGUUGCACACAGGCUGUGUAAAGUUUUUUUUUUACAUAUAAACAAGUGUACAGAUUU